AUGGCAGGUGAAUUUUUUUUGUAUUUUAAAAAAUUUUUUCCAGAGGGAUUUGAUUCAAGCGAUGGUUUGCAAAUUCUGAUUGAUAUUGACUCUGGUAAUCAUGACAAAACAAAUGUAUCAGAGAUAAAGGACAUUACUCGUGAAUGGUCCAACUUGUAUUAUGAUGGUAGUGUUAGCGCGGCAACGUAUAUCAACAAUGUAAGAAAUCUGAUAGCCAAAACUAAGAAGCACCAUUGUGAAAUGAAUGAAUACGAGAUGAAGAGAAGAAUUAUUGCUUCCAUGAAGAAGGGUUAUCACAAGGUUAAGGAUAUUAUUUUGCUUCUAAACCGUGGUAAGUUAGAUGUUGACUUUGAGGAUAUCUAUGAAGUUAUCUCAAACUUCUAUGAUGAAGAGGAAAAGGAAAUUACAAUGGCCUGCAGAUUUGAUAAGGAUCCGUUUGCCAGACAAGUUUAUCGUAAUAAGGAAAAUUAUGAUAACAAAAAUGGUACCUACAAUAAGGGAUCCAAUGAAGGUUCUGUUAAAAAUGUUAAUAGCAAUAAACCUGCCGUUUGCUAUAAUUGUCAACAAGAAGGACAUAUCAGACCCGAUUGUCCUGAGUUGAAAGAAAAGGAAAAAGAAAAAGAAAAUGAAGAAAAAGUUAAAGAAGUUAAGUUAGUUAAUGAGAGAGAAAACACUGCGCCGUCGAGUACGCUUAGGCUUAGAUUGGUUAAGAAAGUUUUAAAAACCGAUCAGUAUGAAAUAAAAGAUGUUAUGUAUGAUACUGGUGCAGAGACCACAAUUGUUCCCAAUGAAUGGUUACAUGAUCCAAAGCAGAAUUUUGAACACUUCUGUGAAGAUUUCAAUGGUAAUAAAAUUAAUGUGCCAUAUGUUGGUGUAUUAAUAUUGAAAUCUAGAGGCAAAGAGUUCAAGUUGGAGGCAUUGGGAACCGUUGAUACCAAGCAAAUGGUGAUUGGUAGGUCAAGUUUAAAAAAUGCUGGAUUGGUUGUUAAUGAAUUAGACAACUGUAUCUAUGAUAUUAAUACCAAAGAUGUGGUAGGUCAAGUUGUAGAGAAAGAUGAUUCGAUUUAUAUCCCAGGAUUGUAUAUUGUUUAUCCUGAGAAAUUGAAUGUAUUGAAUGUAAGCAACAAGAAAUUGAUUGACUUAUAUCACAUCCAUGUGUUGUGUGGUCAUAUUAAUGUGAAAGAUUUACAAAGAAGUAUAAAAAUUGGUUCUAUAGUUGGUGUCAAGUAUGAUGAUAUUAAUUGGACUGGUAUUGACGAUUUCAAGUGCGAUUCCUGUAUGAAGGGCAAAUCUACGUAUAAGAAACAUUAUAUUGGAUCCAGAGCCAGUCAUCAAGAUCACUAUGAUGCUGGAGAAUAUUUCCAUUCUGAUUUGUUUGGUCCAGUACCAGACAUUAAUCCUAGAUAUCCUAACAGUUUUAUUACAUUUAUUGACGAGAAGUCGAAGUUUAGAUUUGUUUAUCCACUUAGGUCCAAAUCAGCUGAAGCUAUUAUGAACGUGUUACAAGAAUUUAUUCCUUAUGUUGAGAAGAAUUUAGGAAAGACUGUCAAGGUAAUUCAUUCUGAUCAAGGGAAUGAAUAUAGAAAUGAAGAUGUAAGAAAUUAUCUUCAAGAAUUUGGUAUUCGUCAAAUAUUUACUACCAAAGGUGAUUCUAAAGCUAAUGGAGUAGCUGAGAGAUUGAACUACACUCUGUUGAAUGAUGCAAGGACAUUGAUGUUGAAUGAUAACAUACCAAGGUCAUUGUGGUUUUUUGCGGUUAGUUAUAGUUGUCAUGUUAGAAAUGGUAUUAUCGCAGCGUCCAAUGCUCAUGGAUUGUCACCUCGACAAUUAUUGGGUGUAGACAAGUUAGAUAUUGCUAAGUUGUUACCAUUUGGUACACAUGUCAUUUUACAUUCAAAGGAAGAUGAUAAGCUAAGUGCUCGUGGUAUUGAUGGUUAUAUUUUAUCACCAUCUACCUCUUCGUAUGGAUACAAGGUCUGGGCUAAGAGCUUAAGAAGAGUCAUUGAUAGUUCAAGCUUUAAAAUUGCAUACGAUUCAUUUACCGAUUACCAAAGCAGAGAAACUGCAAUAGACGGGUUCAUCGAAGAUUUAGCAAACAAUGAUGAAUCAUUAGAGAAUAAUGAAGUUAUUCCAGAGUUGGAAAGUGAAAAUGAUGACCAAAUUGAGGAAGAGUUAAGUAAAAAAGAAUAUGUACCUAUCAUUAAUGAAAGGGAUAAUAAUGAUGAGGUAACUGCAAAUGAAACAAUAAAUCCAAUUCCCACUGUCAAUGAUAGUGUAGAAAAAAUUGAUGAUAGUCAAUGUGACGAAAAUUCUGAACCAGAAAUUAUCAUUGAUGUUGGAAAUAAUACAGAGAAUGAGGAAAAUGUGAAUUCUGAUAAUAAGUUUGGCACUGAUGUUGUAAGUGGUACAGAAGAAGAAUCUAGUACAGAUUCUGAAAGUGAAUUUAGUGUUGAAGAUGUGAAUGAUUCAGAGUAUCAAGAAGAUACAAAUCCUGAUAAUGAAACUAGCGUUGAUGACGCAAAAGAUCCAGAAUAUGAGAAUUCUGAUUCUAACUCAGAAGGUAUAGUCCUAUCUGACAAAUGGUCUGCCACUAAAAGAGAUCGAGAAGAUGAUAGUGACAUAAGUGAUGAUCAAAUGGGGCAUGAUACCGAUGAAGAAUCAGCCAAAGUGAAUAUCAAUACUUGGGAGAUAAAUGAUGAUGGUAAGAUAAGAAAAAUGACUGAGGAAGAGGUCAUUAAGUACAUUAGUGAUCACCCAAAUAAAUUUAAUAAGAGAAAGCGUGUUAUGUUGAGACAAGUUGUUGCUAUCCGUGCUGUUAAAAGUGUUAAAGUGACUCCAGAUGUUAAACAUUCAACUGGAGACACAUUGUACUUGCACGAGAUAUAUGGUCUCACCAAUAAAGAAAUAAAAAAUAAAUACAUUAGUGCGUAUCGAAAAGAAUUGAAAAACCUAGAAGACAGUGGCACCUAUGAUAAGAAUGCUACGAUAACUGUAGAUACUGUUGAUAAAAAACAGAUUGUACCAUUACUAAUUUUGUUCAAUGUGAAACGUAGCGGUGAAUAUAAAUGCCGGAUUGUGGCAAGAGGUGAUGAGCAAGACGAAUCCACAUUUAAUAGGGAUUUGAGUUCGUCCAAUCUAUCACAUGAUGGAUUAAUGUUAAUUUUGAAUAUAGCGUUUGUCAAUAAGUUGAAGAUAUACCAACUAGAUAUCAAAGCAGCAUACUUGAAUGCUAAACUGGAUGAAGAUAUCUAUGUUGUCACACCAAGUAUUUACAGAAAGAAAAAUACUGUUUUGAAGUUAAAGAAAAGUUUAUAUGGCUUGAAACAAAGCGGUCACUUAUGGAACGUUGAGAUAUGUAAAAAAUUAAAUGACAACGGUUUUAAAUUACUAAAGUACUGGUCUUCUAUAUUUAUCAAAAAGGAGAACAGCAAGAUGAUAAUCAUCGGUUUGUUUGUUGAUGACAUGAUCAUAACAACCAACGAUGAUACGAUGUUUAAGGAAGUUUUAGUAUUCUUAAACAAAUUUUAUGAAAUAAAAGUUAUAAACGAUGGUAGUAGCGAAGAAUAUGAUAUUCUGGGUAUUCAAGUAGAUUACAAGAUUGGUACACAUUUGUCAAUGUGUAUGGGGCAUUUGCAGGGCAAGAUCAGCAACUUAGUAGCUGAUAUUGACAGCAGUGUUAAUGAAUUACCAAUAGUAAAAGAUUUGAAGAUUCCUGACAAAAUUAUCGAUAAUAUCACAGACUAUGCAACCAAAAACAAAUUUAUGCAAAGAGCAAUAGGCUUAUUAAACUAUGUUGCUAUGAAGUACAGAUACGAUAUUAUGUUCACGGUAAACUUCCUAUCACGAUACCAGCUAUAUCCAUCAGACGAGAUUUUGAAAACAACUAAGAAGUUAUUAAGUUAUGUGUAUAAUACAAGCAAUUACAAAUUAAUGUGGAAAUACGAAAAUAUUAUCAAUGGUGAAUUGAAAUUAGUAUCAGAUGCUAGUCAUAGCAAUGCUGAAGACUAUAAAAGUCAGUAUGGUUACUUAAUUUACUGGAACAACUUGAUCGUUGGAGCCAAGACUGGAGUGACAACUAUAAGUUGCAUCAGUUCAACCGAAGCUGAAAUAUUUAGUAUGGUCAAAGGUAUUGUGACAAUAAAGAAUUGGUUGACAGGUACCAGAAGGAUAAACAAGAAAGAAAAAAUUAUUGUAAAAUGUGAUAACAAAAGUGCUAUACUACUUUGUUCUAGGUAUAAUGUCUCAAAGUUUCGAGACAAGUUCCAUGGAAUAAGAGCGUAUAGAAUGAGACAAGAAAAAGAAAAAUUAAAAUUCCGAUUUGUGUUUGUUGAAUCAAAAAACAACGAGUCUGAUGUUUUGACCAAGUUCAACCCCGAUAAAAAGAAUAUUGAAAAGUUUAUGGAAUUGUUUGAUCGUUGA